AUGGACCCUAAAAUUCAAGCCAUUAAAUGUAAACUCAAUGGUAGUAAUUAUGCCUAUUGGGCCAGUGUUAUGAAGAAUUUUCUUCUUGGUCAAAAAAAAUGGGGCUAUGUUUCUAGUUCUGCUCCUCGUCCAUCGGACCCAAAGGUAGAAGGGUAUCUGUCUUCUUGUGACACUUGGGAUUGUGAUAAUGCCCAAGUUCUUACCUGGUUUCACAACUCUGUGGAUGAUCGUAUUGGAAUGAUGUUUUCCAAGUACAGUACUGCCAAGGAAGUGUGGGAUUAUUUACUCGGUGUUUAUCAGCAGUCCAAUUUUGCCAAGCGAUAUGAGUUGGAAACAACUAUUCAGGGUGCUCGUCAGCGGGAUCAAACUAUUCAGGACUUUUAUAUUGAGAUGACAGGUCUCUGGGAUCAGUUGGCUCUUAUGGAACCACCUAGUCUCAAGAUAUUAGACGCUUAUAUUGAGUUUCGGGAACAGGGUCGUUUAGUCCAGUUCUUAACAGCUCUCUCCCCUCAGUAUGAGGCUAUUCGAGGUGGCAUCCUUCACCGAUCUCCUCUUCCCUCUGUGGAUGCUAUUGUUCGUGAACUCCUCUCCGAGGAAACCCGUCUUAAGACGGCCAGUCAGACUUUGCCUCCUUCUGUGUUCUUGGCUCCUGCCAAGCCGCCCUUGUUAUCAACCACUCCUUCUCAUCAACUUCAGGCCACUACGAAACCCAAGAGAGGACCAUUAGGGCUCGAUGAGUGUGCUUUCUGCCAUCAGAGGGGUCAUUGGAAGAACAAUUGUCCUAAAAAGGGACGUCAGCCUGCUCCGUCUUCUCAGACACAGUUCCGCGGUACUACUUCGAGUACUUUCCGACCUCCUGCUGCUUACACUGCAUCUACUCCGGCUCCCGAUCCUGACUUGGCUUCCUUGAGUGCUCAGGUUGCACAACUUCAGCAUAUCUUGUCCACCUCUCAGUCAUCCCCAUCUGCCUCCGCUCUUACCUCUCUUCAUUCAGGUUUGCUUGGGUCCUCUUCAGGAUCGGGUGUCCAAGAAGCAGAUUGGGACCGGCCGUAG